GGCGCAAUCUACCCGAUUUACAGUAAACAGCUGGGACGGCUUUGUACUUUCCACCCCCAAUCCCCAGCUCUAGGGUAUCCUCGUACGUCGGGCUGUACGAGCCACAAUCUCUCGGGAUGGACAGUUGGAAAGCGCCAGCGCCACAGCCGACUCGGCAUCAUAGGUGGCUCGUGCUCCCCACCCCAGAGCUGUCCAAGCCAGAUGAAAAUUAUUCUCCAUCUCCAUCCAACUGCGCUCGUCAUCACGAUCCUGGCGUUCAGAGGCCUCGGCAUUCAAUCGCUUUCCAGGGAAUUUUAAUAAAUCCUUCUAUUUCACUAAUUUCGCAUCACCGAAUUUCGUUCCGGCUGGUUGAUCGUCCACCGUCGCUGUCCACUAUCUCUUUGUUCGAACCUCUUCCGACCUCUUCCCGUCCUCGCUUCGGCGCACCUCAGUCACAAUGGCCUCCGCAGCCGCAUUGGAUCCCGUUAAGACGGCACUGCUUUCCAAUCCCAUCGCUAGCGUUCUAGGAGAUGCCCUCAACUCUUUCAAUGAGCGAAGGGCCAAAUUAGGCCUCUCCAACCCAGGAACUAUCGAGAGUCUUGCCAAGGAGGUUCAGCGCGAUGUUUUCCUCAACAAUUAUAUGUUCACCGGAAUGCGUGCCGAUCUCACAAAGAUCUUUAGCAUGGCCCCUCUCUUCCAGGUUUCCCACCAAUUCGCCAUGGGAGAGCGCAUUAACCCCUACACAUUUGCUGCGAUGUACGGAACAGGCAAGGUCUUCUGCCAAGGUAAUAUGGAUAACGAGGGUUCUCUCUCCGGUCGAUUCAACUGGAGAUGGUCCGACAAAUUUGUUUCCAAGUCCCAGAUCUCGAUUUCUCCUGGUGGUCAGGAUAUGGCGCAGUUCGAGCACGAGUAUACUGGCAACGAUUUCAGCGCAUCCCUGAAGAUGCUGAACCCUUCUUAUCUUGAGGGUGGUGUGACUGGCAUCUAUAUUGGAAGCUACCUCCAGUCUGUUACUCCUAAGCUUGCCCUGGGUCUUGAAACUCUCUGGCAGCGACCUGCUCUCACCCAAGGUCCCGAGUGCGCUGUCUCCUAUGCUGCCCGGUACAAGUCCGCAGACUGGAUCGCUACCGCUCAGCUUCAAGCUGCUAUGGGCACCCUCAACACCUCUUACUGGCGACGACUCUCGGACAAGGUUCAGGCCGGUGUUGAUUUGAGCCUCGGUCUCGUUCCCUCUGCCGGUGGUCUCAUGGGCGGUGGCCUUCAGAAGGAGGGCGUCACCACUAUUGGUGCCAAGUAUGAUUUCCGCAUGUCUACUUUCCGAGCUCAGGUGGACUCCAAGGGCAAGCUUAGCUGCGUUCUGGAAAAGCGUGUCGCACCGCCCGUGAUGAUGACAUUUGCUGCUGAUAUUGAUCACUUCACGCAUCAAGCUAAGAUUGGGUUGGGUGUCUCCAUUGAGGCAGCCCCUGAGGAGCUUCAAGAACAACAGGAGUCUCUUGGCUCCCAGCCUCCCCCUAACAUUCCCUUUUAAGCCCCGAGCUUAAACUCCUCGAAAAUCCGCGACGACGCGGCACUCCCCGCUCAAAUGAGUGAUAUAUCUUAAUGAUCGCUCAACUGUGAGCAGGCCAGGACGAAGUUUCGACCUCACCCCAAACCCUUCUCACCACACUCGAUGUCUUAUUAGUCGUCCAUUUCGUCUCUGGUGAUACCAUGACUUCCGAACCCGAGGGAGACCUCGUGCUUAUGUGGCCUGGCCAGCAUUAGGUCCCGGUCCAACUCCUAUGUGCUUGGAAGUUAGGUAUCUGUGUAUAUUAUUGUCGUGGACUUGCGUCGUCCUGGUCAUGUGUAUGAAUUUCCUGUAACGCACAUUACGGAGGGACGAAAAGCCGGUCAUCGCACUGUUAUUGUUUUUAAAUAGUUUUGAACGAACUCUUCAUCUCGGCGCUCAUGGCGGCUGCGGUUGUUUUAGUUCGACGUGUUGAUGGGUCUGGAUGAGCUAGUGAGUAUCAGGGCAAGCUACGAAGGGAUGGCCUCCCUGCUCAUGUAUAUGUGUACAAGGAAAUAGACAAACUUGAAGCUAUGUCUUUCGUCUUCUCAUGGGGUUGUAAGCGAGAAAUGGCCACGAAUUGGGUUGACUCAUUUUCGCACAAUGUCCUUCCGCACCAAUGGUAGACGUUAUCAUGGAAUAUUUUGUCACAUGAAAGCACUUGGAAGCUUUCUCGCCUCUAGCGUGCGGUGUCAACCUCGAUUCUUGUGUCUCAUUAUCUCAUACUCGCGUGUAUCGUGUUCAAAGUACCCCCCAAGCUCCGAAAGUUAGCCUUGUGACAAAAAUUGUCUCAACCGCCCAAAAACGCCUUGCUAAUUACCAAAGUUCUGUUCACUUUUUCUUUUGAGAAACCAAUACGAAAAAAAAAGAGGUCCUCAUAGGGUACCAAUAUCACA